GUCUCCCGGUAUUAUUUUAGACAUUGACUUUUGGGUCGCAUUUCCCUGUGAGGAGCUUUGGUGCCGGUGCUUAGGCAUUUCCCUGAUGAUUUGAUUUGUUAGUACUUCAGAUUGGUAACAGUAAAAAUUAGGGUUGGGAGGGGAAGAAGAGAUGAUGUACUGGUACUAACUUUUUUUUUUGGGGGGGUUGACGAAUCAUCGUGUUUGAUUCUCAUUUCUCAACGACGACGACAACAUCAACAUCAACAUCAACGUCAAUUCAUUACAGUUUGCAAAGCCUUUUUCGACGGAGUUUCAAUCUCUAACAAGGGUUAGGUUUAGGGUUAGGGGAUCAUCAUCAUCAUCAUCCUCCACGCGCAUGGAAGCGUCCGUUGGCAACAAUACGGACGCUGCUUACAGACCUACCGGUGCUUCUGCUCCUAAUAACUCUUAUUCUAACAAUACUAGUAACCACCACAACAGCACAAGUGGCCACCACCACCCGUACCACCCCCCAAGGAGAUUUGGGGGAAUGCAGCUCUCUGCUUCCAGUAUUUUUCGUUCCCCGUUGUCUGCAUUGUUGGAAUACUCUGGAAUUCUCAGAAACCGCCCCUCCUCUUCCUCUGACAACCACCACCACCACUACAACUCCACCUUGUUAAACGCUUCUGGAGUGUCCCGCCCCUAUCAUGAUGAUCACCUUCAGUCCCGCCUCCUCCUCGACAAUUCCUCCUCUGCAGUUCCUGCAUCCCUCAACAUUUCCAACGCUACUGGUGCUCCUGGAGGGGAGGUUUCGAUUAGGAUCAUUGGUGCUGGGGAGGACCACCUCGACAGGGUUAGCGCUCCCUUGCCUUCCCCUGCUGCUGCUUCUACUCCUGCACCCCUCAGGGAAGUCAAUGCCCAAAAUGAGGUCUUCCUUCAACCUAUUUCCAGGACGACUUCAUCAGUCUCUUUGGAAGGUCAAGGUGAUCGAGGAGCGGGUUUAGGGGUUCCCAACAGAAUUCCUCAUCCCACUGCUACAAAUGUUGACACUGAGGCUGGCGAUAUACCUGGGUCCGAUAAUAGGGACUCUUCUUAUCAGAGAUAUGAUAUACAACAGGCUGCUAGGUGGAUUGAGCAGGUUCUUCCAUUCUCUUUGCUGUUGUUAGUGGUCUUCAUUCGGCAACAUUUGCAAGGCUUUUUUGUUACAAUUUGGAUUGCCGCGGUGAUGUUCAAAUCAAAUGAUAUUCUACGGAAGCAGACAGCUCUUAAGGGAGAGAGAAAGAUAUCUGUUUUGAUUGGCAUUUCAUUGGUUUUCACACUUCAUGUGGUUGGCGUUUAUUGGUGGUAUUGGAAUGAUGAUCUUCUGUCUCCCUUGGUCAUGCUUCCACCCAAGGCUAUUCCACCGUUUUGGCAUGCUAUCUUUAUAAUAAUGGUGAAUGACACUCUGGUCCGUCAGGCUGCUAUGAUUCUGAAGUGUAUUCUUCUGAUGUAUUACAAGAACAGCAGAGGACGAAGUUACCGAAAGCAGGGUCAAAUGCUCACUUUGGUUGAGUAUUUGCUGUUGCUUUACCGUGCUUUGCUGCCAGCUCCUGUUUGGUAUCGCUUCUUUUUGAACAAAGAAUACGGGAGUCUUUUUUCGUCCCUAAUGACUGGGUUAUAUUUGACUUUUAAGCUCACAUCUGUUGUUGAGAAGGUCCAAUGCUUUUUUACAGCUUUGAAAGCUUUGUCAUGCAAAGAGAUUCAUUAUGGAGCUUAUGCUACUUCUGAACAGGUCAAUGCUGCAGGGGAUCUGUGUGCUAUUUGCCAGGAAAAGAUGCAUGCUCCAAUCUUGUUACGGUGUAAACACAUAUUCUGUGAAGACUGUGUGUCAGAAUGGUUUGAGAGGGAAAGGACAUGUCCUUUGUGUAGGGCUUUGGUGAAACCUGCUGAUCUUAGAUCGUUUGGGGAUGGAUCAACCAGUCUGUUUUUUCAGUUGUUUUAAAUUUCAUAGAGUUGAAAGAAGGGAGAUUUCUGCUCAAUAGAAGCCCCAUUUCUUAAGCUUCUGUGCACCCCAUCGCAAUAGAGAGCUGCUGCUGCACCAUUGAAGCUUGUUGAUUGCUGAGGUGGCAAAAUAGAACGGAACAGGCUAUAUGAUGUAACUGUAAAAAUGUAUGUAAUGGAUCUUGAAAGCUACUGUAGUUGCUUAAAGUGAUUAAGUUAUACAAAAAAUUUCAGCCCAGUGUUUUGGGGUUUUGUUGUU